UGGGUGUAGUGUGGAUAGGUGGCAGCUGCGACACAGUCCUAUGUUGUGAGUGUGUCUCUUCUUCUCUCAGCUGCGCUCUGUUUCUUCCACAACAUCCUUUUUUUUUCUUUCUCUCCCAAUUCCAACCACAACAACAACAACAAUUCAAUUCAAGCCUCUACUAAUUCCAGAUUUCAACGCUUUCCCUUCUCGAAAGAUUUGGACACUGUGUUGCAUGUGGAUCAAGAAAUCAUGACUUCUUCUACUCAUGAACUCACAGAUAAUGAAGCUGAUGGGCAGCAGCAGUCAGAAUCACAGAUGCAGGAGCCUUUAUCUGCAAAUGGAAUUUCUCAAGCAGGUAUCGGUACUCAGAAUAUUCAGUAUGCAACACCUCCACAGCUUGGAACUGGGCAUGCUAUGGCACCAGCUGCUUAUCCAUAUCCAGAUCCGUACUAUGGAAGCAUCUUUGCUCCCUAUGAUGCACAACCUUAUCCCCCACAACACUAUGGUGGACAUCCAAUGGUCCAUCUUCAAUUAAUGGGAAUUCAACAAGCAGGUGUUCCUUUGCCAACUGAUGCAGUUGAGGAGCCUGUGUUUGUCAAUGCAAAACAGUAUCAUGGUAUAUUAAGACGAAGGCAGUCCCGUGCGAAAGCUGAAUCAGAAAAAAAAGCUACAAGGAAUCGGAAGCCAUACUUGCAUGAAUCUCGACAUUUGCAUGCAUUGAGAAGAGCAAGGGGAUGUGGAGGUCGUUUUCUGAAUUCAAAGAAUAAUGAGAAUCAACAGAACGAGGUUUCAUCAACUGAAAACUCACAGUCCAAUAUCAAUCUCAAUUCUGAUAAAAAUGAUCUUGCACCAUCAGAUAGAACAUCCUAAAACUAGAGAAAUGUUGAUGCCACAGACUGCCGAGAUGUGUUGUAUGUCUAUAUCAUGAGACCAGUCUCCAACCAACAACAGCCUCAGAUAUCUUGCCAUUGUUUCAUUCUGGCAAUGUACAACCCCAUGGAUGUGGGUCUAUAUGUAGGUUUUGUGUAGUAGUUCUAUUAGGGAGGUUGCAAGACAAAACAAGUAAAAUGUAAAUUGAAGUGAUUCAAUCAAGUAGUAUCCCAAUGUGAUCCUUUCUAGCCUUUGUAGGUGAGAUUUUUAUUGUGUGGGCAUUUCUUUGUACUAUUUAGUAUUAUAGAAAGAUUAGAGAUUAUCCAAACCUAGGAUAGUUUGGUUGCAUUAUGUUUAUUUAGCUUGUGAGAGAGAUUAGCAGUUGUACUUAUCUUUUGUUCUGUUGUUAGUGAAGAGGAUGAUAAGUUCAAAUAGUUUAAUAAAACCAGGAUUGGUGAAGUUUGGUACAACAGCAGAUAAAA